AGAUGAUCUUUUAAUAUCACCAAAUAAGCUGCCUAUAUUUCAUAUGUUUCGUCUUUUGAGUAGACGGGUAGACUUUCUAGGAAUAUGCCAGCCAAAAAAGCUGGGGUUGGGUAGCUUACAGUCUAUAAUAGCGAUACGAGGACAGACUAUCCGAUCAUCAAGCACUUCUGUUUCUGAACGGAACCCAUCACUAAUAACACCAGAGACUCAAGGAGAAAGUGUAGGUGGGACUACCUUUAGCGGGAGUGAAGCAUCUGACGCAGUGUUAGAUUCAUAUUAUGAAAGCACGCUAGGAAAUUACUUUGAUAACACUAAAUUUGAGUUUCGAAAAGAUAGUCAUGUCGAGAGUUUGAAAUCAGCAAUGAAAUACGUUUAUCUUCGGCAGCAUCCGUUGGUAUCAUUUGAUGUCGAGGCGUUUGAGAGAAACCCCAAGAUCAUUACUGAAAUUGGAGUAUCAAUAUAUGACCCUGCCGCUCUGAAAGCAUCAAUAUAUCCUAACAUGAAGACUAUCCAUUUGAUAAUCAAGGAAAACAUGAAAUUUACAAAUGGUACUUUCGUAGCUGAUAAUAAACAUAACUUUAUGGGAGGCAGAUCGUACGUAAUGCCUUUGAAGAAUGUGAAGGAGUUUUUGAACAGACUUUUCCAUGACUACCUCAAGGCAAAACCAGGAGUCUUAAUUGGACAUGGUAUCGAAGGAGAUAUUAAGUGGUUACAACUGGUCAAUGUUGAAAUAGAUCAGAAUGCCCCGAGGGUGGAUACCCUUAAACUUCAUAACAUAUCAAGAUCAAACGCAGGCAAUCUACUGGCAGCACUUAAGAUGAUGAAUAUUCCUCAGGCAUAUCUCCACAACGCCGGUAAUGACGCUUACUACACCUUGCUUUUAGCUCUUUCUUAUUGUGAUCCUCUCGUGAGAAAGAAACUUGAAUUGGACAUCUUCAAGACAAACCCGAAGAAAUCACCCGCAGACAAAAGAAGGAUUAAGACAAGGUCUUCAACUACUACAGAGAAAAAAGAAGCAUUGGACCCUGAAGCAUUGUUUAUGGAAUUCAAACAUAGCCAUAACUAUUCGGACCAACCCCAACUACCUUGUAAUUAACUGUACAUAACUGUAUAUAGUUUUAAGAAAUUAAUUUUUUUUUUUUUUUUA